AUGCCAAGCAAUAAAAAGCAUAAUAAAAAUAAACAUAAAAAUAAUGCCGGUAACAGUGCCAACAACAACAACAAAACCAAUAACAGUCACAGUAGUACAACGACUGCCACCGUUCGUCAAUUUGAACAACCAAAGAAAUUGAAUUUAUCCCUUCAAGCCCGUAUCGAAUUAAAAGAUUUGAUCGCUCUCCUGCUGAAGACAGUCUAUGUGGAGACCUCAAACCCCAAAGAAGAAUGGGAACAAUAUUUGAAAAUCCAAGAAAUCCUUAAACGUAUACAAAUCUUGGAACAGCCCCUGAAGGAACAAUGUGUGAGCAGCAGUUCGCCAAAGGGUAAUCGUCUGGCGAACAUUGAUAAAUUCUAUCAAUGGGCCAAAGAGAAUGGUUUACAAUAUGAAAAUGUUGAAAUCACCGAAUUUCCCGGUUACGAUUUGGGUCUGAAGGCCACCCGUGAUAUUAAAAAAGAUGAAAUCCUUUUUGGUAUACCUCACAAAAUGGUGUUAUCGGAGGAGCAUGCCGAUUGUGCUUUUGUUCGUGAUUUCUUUCAGCCAUCCAAUUUGAAAUUGGCAUUUUUGUUAAUGGUUGAAGCUUUGAAACCGGAUAGUUUUUGGAAACCCUAUAUUGAUUUGCUGCCGGAAACUUAUAAUACAGUAUUGUAUUUUACGGUGGAGGAAAUGACCCAGCUGAAGGGUUCCAACGCCUUGGCGGCUGCCUUGAAACAAUGCCGUCUCAUAGCAAGGCUUUAUGCUGUCAUCUAUCAUUGGCCAUCUAGUCAAAUACCCAUGGCUGAUUUUAAGGAACUAUUUCAUUAUGAUUUAUAUAGAUGGGCCGUCUCAACGGUUAUGACCCGUGAAAACCUGAUACCUCGCACCCAGCCAAAACGUGAGGGUGACCUUUCGGACACCAUUGCCGCUUUGAUACCCUUCUGGGAUAUGGCCAAUCAUCGUGAUGGCACAAUUACGACCUUUUUCAAUAUGGAAACCCAGCAGGUGGAGAGCAGUGCCCAGGAGGAUUAUAAGGCGGGCGAGCAGAUCUUUAUCUACUAUGGUGAUCGCACCAAUUCGGAUUUGAUGAUACAUAAUGGUUUCAUAAAUCCCUCAAAUCCCAAAGAUAAAAUAUCGAUUAAACUCGGCCUAAGUCCCUCCGAUGUGUUGUACGAAAAACGUGCCAAACUUUUGGAACUUCUCAACAUACCAAAGAAUAGUGAAUUGAAGGUUCUACCGGCUCCUGAAUUUAUUUCACCCGAACUUUUGGCUUUUGUUCGUGUCUUCAAUAUGAACGAAGAACAGUUGGAUCAUUGGAUUGGUAAUGCGGAACGAGCUAUGGAUUUAUUGCACAUCGAUUGUGCAUUGGAAACGUCAUUGGAAACAAAAACGUGGCAAUAUCUGCAAACACGUUUAAUGCUGCUGUUACGUGUCUUCCCCCAAACCCUUGAGGAGGAUGAACAGCAAUUGGCCUUGGUAAAGGAGAAAAAGGUGGAGAUGAGUUCGAGGGCAGCAAUGAUAUUGGAGUAUCGCGUACUCGAGAAACGUAUAUUGGCAGCGGCCCUGGAUUAUGCCAAACAAAGGACAAAAGCCUAA